UUCGUGUAGUGAAGAUGUGGCAGCGUCUUGUCAACGUCAAAUACAUUGAUGUAGCUUUUAUCUUGUGCUUCUAGUAGUCAGCACAUACAGUAUUGCUCUGCAGUUUCGCUAAUCUGCAUGCGCUCCUGCUCUGCGGAUACACGGGUUUUCCACACAAAACAAGCAGAUUGGAUACUUUGUCUUCUUCUCUAGUAAUGAAGCAGCAAAUAUAUAGUUAAUUAUUACUUGCUCAAGCUGGAAGGCGGAAUAGGAAGGCUGUGGUGUUGGCUGUAGGGAGAUGAGAAGUCAUCUGCGGGGAAAGUUGUGUAUGCCAUAACGCUACAAAAGAGAGCAGUAAGAAUGCCGCCAAAGUUUAGAAGGUAUCUUUCUGAGGAAGAUGUUACAGAGGCUGCUGAACCUGAAAAGGAAAAGCUUUUGCAAGAUGAGGAAGAUGAAGAUUUUUUCCUUAAGGGACCAACAUCAAGUGGGAAAACUCUUACUAUCCAGGAUAAAAAACUAAGAAGGGUGCAAUUUCAAGUAGAUGAAGUCUCAAGCAUCAUGAAGGACAACAUAGAAAAAAUUAUGGAGCGAGGGGAAAGGUUAGAAGACCUUGAAGAAAAAUCGGAUUCUCUUGCAACAAAUGCUGAUCAGUUUUGGUCUACAGCAAAGAAGAUGCAGAGUCGUAUGUGGUGGCGCAACAUGAGGGUGAAGGUACUACUGGUUCUAGUCAUCCUGGCGAUCUUACUAAUCAUAUUUGUGCCGAUAAUAGUGCGGAACUCAUGAAGAGGUUUGUGCACACCAUGGUUGAACAUUUUCACUAUAAGCAAUGUUGUAAAUUUGUUGCUUGAAUUCAUAGCCUGUAUGUACCAAGGUACCUUUGUACUUCUACAUGUAUUACUUUAUUUUUUUACUUGUAGAGCUUUGUAAAUGUUGGCUUUCUAUGACAUCCCACAAGUAUAUUUGUGGCAACUAAAUUUUGGCAUCCAUUUGUCGAUGUAUUUUGCACGUUACUGUUAAUUGAAGUAUGCAGCAAGCCAUCUAGUCGUGUCUUAGCAUUGAAACUUUGAAAUCUCGAAAUUGUUUUUUGAACACCAGUGUGUGUGCUGAAUGUUUAUCAAUUACUUCACUAUAUGUUGAAUGGCAAAGUUAUUGGCCAGCAAAGCAUUAUUCAUUUGCUGUUUUCAGUGCACAUUAUCUGCUUUCUAUGAAUUUUUAUUGAAAUAUUUACUUGUUAAAUGAGUUCUGUUCAAAGUGCAGAAUUAAAAUGUAACAAACUGCUCUUUAUAUAAUGCAGCCGGAUAUUUUUCAGGAGAGAGAAGAAAGACUUGUGCCCUGUUUAUAUGGCAAACUAACUAAAGCAAUGUCUAGCAUUGUGAUUAAAGUACCGCAACAAUGUAGGUUUCACAAGCAGUAUUUUGCAAUGCAAGUACAGAAUCCUGAGGCUGUAUUGGAAAGGUUGCCUGCCUCAGUAUAGAUUGUACUGUCAUAAUCUACUAAGUUAAUGUGCAUAAACCAAAAAAAGCACCUCCCCUUCCACUCCAUGAAGAUGGUCGAACAGCGAAGCUGUGCAUUCGCGGCCGCUUGGCUGGCCCGAACGGCGCUACUUACGGGGAAUGGGGACGUGUUGGCGUCCACGGGCGACGGCGUUCCUAGCGCGUUGCGAAGGCAUUUUUAUACCCUGUCGCCUCUCCUCUUCAUCCCCGGCGCGAGCUCCGAUUGGUCGGCUUCUCUCCUCCUGGCGAGCGGGUCACGUGACCUCUCCAGCUCCUGUAUGACAGCACCGUCAUUGACGGCGCACGCUCGACUAAGAACAGCUCCGCUGUUAAUAUUUCCAUACGUCAAACAUUUAUUUAUGACUCUAAACUUCCAUGUGAAAGUUGUAAAAGCUUAAAGCAUAACUAAUAAAAAUAUCAGUGCUUGUUCUUGUUGCUUCCGAUUUGAUGUGUCGUGGCACCAUUUCUUUGGAAUGUCAGGAAGUUUCAAAGGAGCAUAGCUCCCCGGUGACUCACUGGUGGGUCACAAUGCACCAGAGAAAUAUGAGUGAGCCACUGGUGGCUCAUAAUGCACAGGAAUCGGGACUUCAAAAAGUGCUGCCGCAGUGAACAUGUGUCUAUUCUUAUCUGCGCAUAUGUGGAAUUUUUAUGCAUUAGCUAUUGAAUACGAUGAAGUUGUGAGCCUGAUCCACUUAUACUGGCAGUUGGAAUAUUGUGGGGCAUCUGGAGUAGUAUCAGGUGAAGCAGUUUUGUGUGUGAUGAUGAUGCUAUCCGUACACUGGAAGUACUUUUUGCCAUGAUAUUUUUGCAGAUGCCACUGAAAUUCACAAUCUCUUAAAGAAGUGAACUAGGAAACCUGCACAAUCUGCAUUUUGGUAUUUUCAAGACGCAAGAAAAAAAGCAAUGAUUGCAUUGUCUUCUGUAUUGUGCCAUGUGUUUCAUGCUGUGGUUCUGAAAUGCUACUGGGAGGAACAGCACUAGCUUGCUUGAAGUGUGCAGUCUUAUUAAUAAUUCUCAAAUUAUCACACAUGAGAGCUGAUGAAUUGCCGCAAAGAGAAACAGGAGAGUUAUGACUGGUUUGCUUUCUGUAGAAUUGUUGAUAAAAAUGUAGCUUGCAUGUCUUGCGAAAUCUUUUGAUAAGUUAUUAUCUGACUUAGGUGUAGGAACCCCAAUGUAAUUGUUCUCUUAUAGUUAAACUGCAGGCUUGACUGAACAGUUAUUUUUAUAGGUUCGAGAUAGUGAGGUUUGACUGAUGAGACAGAGCAGGUGAAUCUGCCUGUAAAAGAAAUGGACUUGGUGAAAAAUUGGAGGGUUAAAGCGUUGUACUUCAGGAAAUCAAUGGCACAAGAUAUACGCGGACAAAAACACAUACACCAGGGUGGGCCCCAACUACCAACUGAGUUUAUUCAGAACAAGAAGUCGAUUUUAUGCACAGCCAAGUCACGUAGUAUGAUAAACAUGAUGCAGAAACAACACAGCACAAAUGCUAAGUGAUCAACUGCACAUGCUAAUGAAAAAGCACACGCAGAUAGUUGCCCAGAAAAAGCAGUUCCUCAUCAAGAAGGCAAAAAACCGCAUGCUGACACAAGCGUCACCCCUUUGGUUGAUGUAAUAGGCCUCUAUUUUAUCCCCUUCUCAGUCUACCUUUACCUCUGCCAAUAAACUUGGAUUGAGUAAACUUCAGAUAACACCCACAUUCCUUGCAAUGCGUGUCCAUUAGGCCGCCAAAACCAUUCUUGACAUAGUCCGUGCUGCCAUGUGCGAUCAUUAAAGCAAUGACCGGUUUGCACGAUGUACUCUUUCUUACAACAAAGUGGUAUCAGGUACACUACUACCCUUGACACACACCAUGAGCUGAUCAGCAUGCGUAGUUCAUCACUUAGCGAUUAGCCAUUUGCACUUUGUUAUUGCUUUUAUAGCAUGCUCACUUUGAUCACGACUUGGCUGUGCGUAAAAGCAAAUUCUUGUUCUGAAUAAGCGAAGUUGAAAGUUGGCACCUGUCUUGUUGUAUGGAUUCUUUGUCUGAGCCUAUUUUGCUCUGAUGAUUUCUACUAGUAUGAUGCACCUACUAACAAACCAAGAUUUUGCUAAAGCAUCAUACUUUCUUCCUGAUGCUUUAGUGUGCAGUAUUGUUGACCGAGUUAUUUAAAAGUAAGCUUUUGAUCACCUCAGCACCUCUGUUACUCUGGACUUUCUAAAUGUCAUGGCUGUAAUGCACACGAAGAAGCGCUUAUCAUUGCUGUUAUUUAAAAUGAGGUUUCUGUUUGCCUGUGGCCCGUAUUGUACUUUUAGUCACAUGCACAAAGUGUCAGAGAAUGGGGUGGCACUCAAACUUGAUGUUAGUAGGGAACAAACUUAGUAGCUUAUGGCAAUACUAUCAAAGUGACAGGUGCCAAUCAUAUUGGUGACUUGUGCAUUCAUGCCAGCCGAAGUUUUUGUGUGUUGCUAGUAGGUUAAAGCCACAAGCUUGUAAAAACUACUAACUAGCUUCUGAACUAUAAGCAGCCAGCUAUUGCCAAGUCAUCACAGACAACUGCACAUUAUUUUUACUUGCAGAAUGAAGCAGAAAUAAUUUCUGGCUUGAAUGUAACAGCCACAAAAAUAAUGCAGUUUGCAUGGCCCAUGUCUGCUGAUGGUAUUCAUGGUGUUAUUUCAUGUGUACAGCAGUGUGUACAUAGCAUAAAUGUGCGAUAUACACUAUUUUGUGAUGCUUGGGAAUGAACGGAAACAAAAAGCAGUAGACAUGGCCAUUAGCAUAUAGCAUCUGAUGCAGAGCGCUUAGUCCAAGAUUAGUCAUGUGCUUGUAUUUGCAAACAUUUCAAAGUGAGCAGUUUGAUAAAGAAGCAGGCAGAAGGUAGGAAAUGACAUACAAAGUGUAUUCAUCUAGUAUGUGUCUAUUCUGUUUAGACAGGUAGCCCACCAGCACAUAUUGGGAUUCCAUAAAUGUGAAGAAGGGUAAUGAGUGUGUUUAAUGUCGAGAAUGCUGCCUUUGAAGCAACCAAGACUGCAUAAUAUGAUUUUGUGUGUGAGGGGCAGUCUACAAAAAACAUAAUGCACAUGCUUUUUGGAUGAGAAAAGAGACUUCUUAUAGUUGCUCCCAUGUAUGCUUUUGUCUUCCCGUGCUCUACUGGCAUCCUUUCUUCUUGAUGUGUGCCACUAAGCAGUGUCCAUUGGUUUGGACAGCACGAGACAUUGCACGGAGAAUAAGUCGCUUGAAGGAAGGAUGCCACCAGAUUGGUGUAAGAAUGGCACACACAGGCAGCAAGCUCUGGGUAGUUGGAGGUGGUUGGGGGUGGGUUGCGGCUUUCUAGCAGAUACCUCUGCUUGUGUUCCUGUAUCUAUGCUGGUACAGGGACACUAACCUCUGCUUCAGAAGGCUGCCAUCUAGAGGCCCACAUUCUGCCAACGUGUUCCAUCUGGAAUACCAAUCUCUAUUUAUAGUAUGCCUCAUUAUGCAUGUGGAUUUGUAUUUUGUGUGCAUAAAUCUUGGCAAGUUAUCCCUGAUGUCUAAUCAUCAACAAACUACAACUUUUAUAAAAGCUGUUUUCAAUAGUCCUUGAAGUAAUGCAAAAGUCUGAUUAAUAUUUAGAGUGCAUUGCUCAUAGUGGCAGUACAGUUUAAGAAAAUGGGCAGAACACAUCCCUGAUGUCUAAUCAUGUAAGCGAAGCUUUCCUAGUUUUGGAGGACGGUGCAUUGAAACAGUACAAUAUGCGGCGGGGGGAGGGCUAUUGUGCAAGUGUCCACCUAGUUCACUGUCCAUUUCGGUUGCUGUUGAAGUGCUGAUUGGCUCUGCUGAGGUUACAGUGAGAAUGGGGCAGGUGCCAGCCUUCCUCCUCCUCGCUAGUACUACUACAGCCAAUCAGCACCCAUAUGCGACUGUAAAAUGUGGUGAGUCAAAGGCUAAAUUAGAAGAGGUUGGAAGAUUGACUGCAAGUAUGCGCAGCUAGUUAUGCCAACAAACUACAACUUUUAUAAAAGCUGUUUUCAAUAGUCCUUGGAAGUAAUGCAAAAAGUCUGAUGAAUAUUUAGAGUGCAUUGCUCAUAGUGGCACUUCUGUGGCUCGGUUGCCAAGCUGUUUGUAGUGAGGUCGCGUCACCGGCUCACAAACGUGGGCUAGUGGUCUGUGGUAGUUUGGCAUGCAGUCUUGACUUUUGUGUAACGUUGAAAGGAAAGUGUGUGAGCUGAAACUUGGCUUUGGCACAUUUUAUUGUAUCUGUGAUGAAAAUCGUGUUGGCUUUUAAUUGUUGAAUGACAAUUGUGUGUACGUGCACUGUGACGAUAAUGGCUUCCUGUGUAGAGCGCCCUGUUGCUUCUCUGAAGCGGCCACCAUAUUACCAAUAGCACUAAUGAUGCCGAUUGAACAUUUAUGUACCGUUAUAAGCAUUAAAGACAUUCAAAAUAACUUCUGCAA